UACGAAAAAUUACGCUCCGUUCAGUUGACGUUGAUCCGGCAAGCGCAGUGCUUCGAUUUUUCUUUUCUAUUUUCUUAGCAAAAUUCGGGUGGUUUUUUGAAAGUAGAAAAGUACAAGAAGAUACUAUUUAUAUGCCGCUUUAGUCCAUUGGUGGUUGUGAUUAGGUGAAAAAGUGAACGAUGACGUCGUAUUUUCAAUUAAUUAUCUUAGCCCUUUUGCUUCUCCUACCAAUUUUGUACGAGAGCUCUGCGGCAUUUCGAUACUACACUAAAUUUUUUGUUUACGGCCUGGGAAUCACAAUAAAUAGCAUAAUUCUAAUCCCAGUAUUCCUGUGUAGACCCUGGAAUGUCCGGAAUUUAAAAAUUGGCGGGUUAUUCUGCAGACCCAUUUCCAAGAUAAUCGGCAUCAAAUGGACCCUUCGUGGGGAAGAGUACAUGAGUCAGGACAAACCAUUUGUGAUUGUGGCCAAUCAUCAGACAUCCUUGGAUAUCCUGGGAAUGCUGGACAUUUGGGAUGUCAUGGAUAAGUGUACAGUUGUGGCCAAGAGGGAGCUCUUCUAUGCGUGGCCUUUUGGUUUGUCAGCCUGGCUGGGAGGUUUGAUAUAUAUUAAUCGGAAUUCUAGUGAUAAAUCACGCAUGAUACUCAAUAGCGUGGGUGAUUAUCUGAAGAAAGAUAGGGUUAAGUUGUGGAUUUUUCCUGAGGGAACACGGCGCAAUACCAAUGAUAUUCAUGCUUUCAAAAAGGGCGCCUUUCACAUUGCAAUUUCUGAACAAUUGCCAAUCCUUCCUGUUAUCUUUAGCUCCUACACUCAUUUCCUCGAUAGCAAGCGAAAGGUGUUUGACAAUGGAGAAGUUAUUAUUACAACACUACCUCCAAUCUCCACUGUGGGCAUGACAACUAAAGAUAUUGAUGGCCUCAUGGAGAAAACUAAAGCUCUGAUGAAGAAUGUUUAUCUUGAGACGACAGCUGAGGUGAAUGCCAAGUUCAUGAAGUCCAAGAUCUCGGGUAUGGGAAAGAAGGAUGAGAAGGCAACCAAUUGAGCGAUUUGUAUACAUUUACCUCCAAGAUAUAAUUACCAGUGACAUUAUUAUUAAUAUGGUGAUAAAUCUGGGGGCAAAUAUUUCUCUUAUCAAUGCUCCAGUUUUGCUUUAGUUGAGAUUUCGAAGUGAAAUGAGGAUUUCAAAACAUAUCAAUUGAUAUUUCGAGUUUAUCUCUUUUAUUGCUAUAGGAACUUUUGAUUUUAGUCAAAAUAAAGCUUUUUGUAUUGCUAAAAAGAAAUAUAUGAAGAGAUAGUUGGAGUUUUUCUUCCAAAAAAUUUUUACAUUUUUAUUAUCACUCUUUCAAUGAUCUCUCCUCACUUGUUUGAAGAAAUAACUCCACUAUUCUCUCAAAUUUUUCAAUGUUUACUCGAAGAGAUAUUAUGUAAAGAAUUGGGGUUUAUGAUAAAUUUCUAAAGAGAAACAUAUUGGAGUGUUUGAUAAGAGAAAUAUAGGACUUCCUAAAAAUAUGCCCUUACUCUUUGCCACAACAAAAUGUUGAAUAAUAACACAUUUAAUUGUAGUAAGAAAAAAAAGCAAAUUGCAAAAUAGAACUAACGACUAAUUUUUAGAAAGAAAAGAAAACCAAGUAUAUUUCUGCAUUUGUAAUAAAAAUGAUUAUAUAGUUGCCAUAAUUUACUUAACAAAAAAAAAAUCGUCCUAUCGAAGAAUCAACUUAUCACUUUGAUUCUUGAUAAGAAUAACCACAAAAUUCUCAUUGCACAUUCCAAAAAAAAUGUUUUGUUUUUUUCUACAAAGAAUAUUCCCAAAAUAUUUUGCAUUUAGUAGAACAUUAAAAAAGAGUAACCAAACACUUAUGUUUUUUUUUAUUCCAAACACCAGCCAAGGCGGAUUGUCAUUAUUCAAAUAAUUGAAUUGAUAUCAUCUGCCUUUAAUUGUAUUGAUCUAAAUUUUGUAAUUCAAUUCUAAUUCACGUUGGUAUUGAUUCUAAUGUAAAGGUGUGUGGUGUGUUUUGUAUAGAGAAAACACGGGAUAUUGAUGUCUCAAUUUUAACUGUGUUUUAAUUAAUUUUAUUAUUUGCUCUAAAGCCAAAGACGGGGAAUAUUAUGUGAAGUGUAUUUUUCUGUAUAAUCUAAAUAUAUAUUAAAACAAAAUUUUAUCUCAAAAA